GCUGAGCGGCUGAACCGGAAACCAAACAACAAACUCAGAUUUAAACGAUCUUACGUGUCAUUCCCAGAGUUUCACUGAUUCAAGACAUCACCGAAGAGAGAAGAACAAAUUCAUGCUGGUUCUGCUCUCAUCAUUCAUGAGCUGUGGUUGUACUGGUUAACGGUUGCUAACAGCAGAAACAUGAAGGCUUUGAUCCUGGUGGGGGGGUAUGGGACCAGGCUGCGACCGCUCACCCUGAGCGUCCCCAAACCACUGGUGGAGUUCUGCAACAAGCCCAUCCUGCUGCACCAGGUGGAGGCACUGGUCAAGGCUGGGGUGAACCAUGUGGUUCUGGCAGUAAGCUACAUGUCGGAGCUGCUGGAGAGAGAGAUGAGAGUCCAGGAGCAGAGACUUGGGAUUCGUAUCUCUCUGUCUCAUGAGAAGGAGCCUCUGGGAACAGCGGGCCCUCUGGCGUUGGCUCGAGAGCUGCUGAACGUUGACAAUGAGCCGUUCUUUGUCCUAAACUCGGACGUCAUUUGCGAUUUCCCCUUCAAAGACCUGAUGCAGUUCCACCGCAACCACGGCAAGGAGGGAACCAUCGUGGUGACGCGGGUGGAGGAGCCCUCCAAGUAUGGCGUAGUGGUCUUUGAGGCGGACAGUGGGAGGAUCCAUCGCUUCGUCGAGAAACCGCAGGUCUUCGUCUCCAACAAGAUUAAUGCUGGCAUAUACAUCUUCAAUCCCAGCAUGCUCAGCAGGAUCCAGCUGAGACCAACAUCCAUUGAGAAGGAGAUCUUUCCUGUCAUGGCAGAGGAGGGACAUCUGUACACCAUGGAGCUACAGGGUUUCUGGAUGGACAUCGGUCAGCCUAAAGACUUCCUGACCGGGAUGUGUAUGUACCUUCAGUCGCUAAGACAACACGCUCCUGAGAGGCUACGCACAGGGCCCGGCUUCCUUGGCAACGUUCUGGUGGACCCGACGGCUCAGAUUGGCGAGAACUGCACCAUCGGACCAAACGUGACCAUCGGCGCUGGCGUGGUUGUGGAGGAUGGGGUGAGGAUAAAGCGCUGCACGGUGCUGAAAGGAGCACGGGUUCGAUCACACUCCUGGCUGGAGAGCUGCAUCGUGGGGUGGAGCUCCUCUGUUGGCCAGUGGAUGUCUGUAAAGAACAAAGCCGGAGGAGGAGGUGCAGGGGUGUGUCUCACAUGUAAGGGGAGCUGCACUGGAUACCAGCCACAUUCUUGGAGAAAAGCCUGUGUAGCCUGUGGCUGCACCAUGGUCGACCACGCUCCUGGAGGUGAUCACGAAGAUGACCAGCAAAUGGGACGCCUGCUUGCAGACUCACCCUGCUCCCAUUUGACAGCAAAGGUCAAAGGAGGUGGCGGUGUUCGCAUGUACAAGAGAAACCGUAUGACUGUGACAAAUACGGCGGUGUCACGCAAAGAUCCGACCUUCAAAACUACGACAUACGUCUGGGCGCCGGCUGGCCUCAACCAGAAACUGGCCAUGCAGUACAUGGAGCUCAUCCCAAAGAGUCGACGUCCAGUCUCGGGGAAGGUUGGAGCAUUGGAACGACGUAGGCAGCUCCUCAUCCAGCUCCCAAUCUACGAUCAGGACCCCAUGAAAUGUCAGAGUCUGGCCAGUGACGAGGAGAUUUCCUCCAUGCUGCUGUUUGUGAAGCACUACAAACAAGAGGUGCUUGGAGUUGGGGAGGUGGCCUUACCGGGUGAGGGUGGAGCUCUCGGGGAAGCAGCCAUUCAGACCACAGCAAAGGAGGCCAAGGACCGCAGCAACAGUAACAAGAAGGAUGCUCUGGAGCACCAGGACCACAGCUCCACCAAUUGCAGCGCUGCCUCCGCUACUGGUUCCACUAAUGGAACAGAAGACAGCACUAAGGCUGAAUAUCGGUGUACUGGUUGCCAUGGUGAGGUUGCCAAGGAGAGUCCAGCUGUUUAUGCUGAGCGUGCAGGUUACCAUAGUGCCCUGUGGCAUCCCACCUGCUUUGUAUGUUCGGAGUGUGGCCAGGGAUUGGUGGACCUGGUCUACUUCUGGUCCAAUCAGAAGCUGUUCUGCGGAAGACACUACUGUCAGACAGUCUGGCCACGAUGUUCAGGCUGUGACGAGCUGAUCUUCUGCCCAUCUUUUCACACGUCGAAAGAUGGACGAACAUGGCAUCAUCAUCAUUACUGCUGCUGGAAGUGCGGGCAAAACCUGGAUACACCCUGUCAGCACUGAGACACACACAAUAUGGUAUUCAACAAAAUGUGGUGUUCACGUUUAAGAAGUUUUAAUACUGCUCCUUUACAAAGUGCUUCAUAGACAGUGAAGCCACAAAAGUGUCAGACAAGACAAAAUAUUAGUCCAGUAAUAUAUUAAUCAUGUUUAUAUUGACUAUGGUUAUGGAGUGCUUGUUUUAUAUAAAAAAACAAAACAAAUAUGUUGUGGCUAAAUAGUACCAAAUAAAUAGAGCUGAAAGUCUUUAUAUGUUUAGUUGAAAUAUUAGUAUCCUGCAAAGAAAAGAAGUCCAGCUGAUAUAUUUAUGUUUAAAACACUUAAGACAUUUAGCUGACAACUACUCGUUCAGCUGAGCCUACUAGUGUUUCAAGUAUUUAAAGAAAUAUUUAGUUGACACAACAGUGUUUAAAGUACUUACAGAAGCAGUUAGUUGAUUUAUUAGCACUUAAAGUACUGAGUGACUGGAUCCAGAUGUGCUGGUUUCAGCCUGCUGUGUUUCAGAUGUAAACAGCAGCUCAACAGAGGACCAGACCUGACAUUUUAGGAAAUUAAUUAGUGAAUGAACAAAUAAGAGGAAGCUAAAUAAAAUGAGAAAUAAAUACAGUAAUAAAAAUAACAUAUGAGCUUGUUUGGGAGCUUUUGACUCGUGGUCUUCAGUCACAGAAACACUGACUUUGAACAUCUGCUGUAGAGGGACAGCUGAGCAAACUCUAUCUGCUGGGGUCAUGAGCAAACUGAAUGUUUAUUUCACUGUCUCCUCAAGAUUAAUUUUGUCCUGCAUUUCAGUAAGAGUUUUCUCAACUAUGGGGUAAUCCCAUGUUGUCACAUAAUAAAAAUUCUGCGUACAGUAUAUCUAUGUCAUUUUCAUAAUUCUUGUUUUCUUAAAACAAACACAAAUUUUAGAAAACAAGUUAAAUGUUUUAAAUAUAAGUAAAAUGCAUUAGCAGAGAAGACAAAAGCUGAAUAAUAAAUCCAGAUGAAGUCAGUGGAACCUAAACUAAGAACAUUACAUUUGCACUAUAUAUGGAAAAAUUAUCAUUGUGUUCGUUUUUAACUUUAAGGUCAUUGGAACUCUGACUAAACCUUUGAAAUUAUCAUUUAAACUGUCUUUUCAUUCCUGAAAUGUCAGGGUUGGAUUUUGUGCAGAUUUAUGGUUAACUUUUUAAUAUUUGUUUCAAAGCAAGGAAACUUUAUUUUUAAAGCACCUAAAAAGAGUUACCAAAUGCUUAUUUCAGGCAUAAAUAAGCUUAUUGGUUGACUUAAACCUUUGAGAACUGGACAGAUGGAAAGCUGGAAAAGGCAAAUCACAAAUUUUGCCAGGUUAAAAAAAACUCUUUUUUUUUUUUCAAGAUUUCAACCUUCAGCCUUUAAAGACUUACCUCUGAAAGUUGGGUUGUGUGUUAAUAACAUUUUCUUAUUUUUUCUGUUCUGUUUUAAGGCUGCUAAAUGCUGCUUUUCUGCAAGUUAUAUUCAUGAUAUAUAGCCUGAGUUUUGUAUUUUGGUAACCAAGAUUAAAAAAAAUAAUGUAUACGAUAAAUCCAAAAGUCAGCCAGGAGGAGGAUAUUAUAUUAGUUUUAUGGCUGCAGAGUUAUUAUUUUUACAAUGUGUUAAAAUUCCCCUUUUCAUGUUUGCCAGAAAUAAAAAUCUAUGCUAGGCAGAAGUUAUUAAUUGGCUUUACUUUGUUCCAUGAAAUAAAAUUCAUAACUACAGUUAGUAUAACAUCAGCUAGUAUUUGAUUGUUUUUUUUUUUUAUCCUUCAGUCAUUUUUUGAAUUUAUUGCUGCUAGCAAAACAUUAGUAGUCAUUUAGCUAGCAAUAUUGUUUGAUAUACUGUGGUUAUCUAAAUAUGUAGCCUAUGUAACAAGAAUACCGUUCAGUACAGUGUUAAAUGUGGCAGACAAGAUGAUACAGUAAUAAACAGCAAUAGCAAACUGAAUAUUGAUAGUAGCUUCAUUUCCAUGUGUACAGUAUAACAUGUUUAGCUUAGCUUAGCACAAAGACUGGAUGUGGAGCAAAACUGCUAGCUUAGGUUUGUAAAUUUGAAAUGUUUCACUUAAAAUGACAAGGAUAACAAGGAAUUCUAAAAAAUCUGUUCUGUGAAGUAAAUGAAGUUUUUGUUAUAAUGUGUAGAAAU